CAAACAUUAGGGUUUUAGCUCGUUACGUCGUCGGUGAAGUACCGCAGCAUGGGAGCUAACCCUGUUUACAUCAAUUUGCUGUAUCAGUCCCUGUUCCAGAUUCUACUCCAUUCCGUCUAGGAUCAAUUUGAAGGUGGAGGAAGAGCGCCUUGGAACCUCGUUUUGAAGGAAUAAAUGAAGGUUGCAAGCAGUGGAACCUGUCUUAUUUGACUUGUCGGAAGCAGGGUGUGAGGUUUUGAGCAGACGCUGAGGCUAUGGGAGGAAGGGACGAGUCUGUAUUCUAAUAAAUUCGUUCGAGGAAUCUUUUCUUGACGGGAGAGGUAGAGAACGGGUUGUAAUGAGUUAUGCCGGAGGUGGAUCCCAUCACCCACCGAGAUGGGCGCUCAUGUAUGCAGAAGCGCCUCCGCCGGGUGUUUCACAACAUCCAGGAGUAGCGUUCAGCUUGCCACCACCGCCUGUUAUGGGGAUGAUGCCCAACGGCGGCCCUAGGUAUUCGCAAUGGGGAGGUCCUCCCGUUCCACAAGGAGCUGCCUGGGGCGUGCCGCUUCAGCAGCAAGGGAAUCUUCAGAUGAUGCAAAUGCAGCAACCAGUGCGAGGGAAUGCGGGGAUUGGAGCAUUGCCUAGGGAGACUGAAAGAGAUGCAGGUUUUGCAAUGAGACGAGGACCAGAGGGGACUAGGAACGGCGGUAACAAUGAAGAAAUGGUUCAGAAAGCAGAAAAAGCUGCGAGGCAGGUGUAUGAGGAGUUGGUCAGAGAGGAGAAGCAUAUUUCUGUGACUAAGGUUGUCCAGGGCACUCUGUCUGCUCUAGGAGUUUCGUCUUUUGAAUUGCUGGGCUUUCGUAUGCAAGAUGUUUCAUGCCUGCGGAAAUUGGCGCUUGUCGAAGGCAAGGUCAAUGCCAUCAUCCAUUCUCACAUUGCUGCAAAGCGGAUUACUACCCUUUAUGACUUGGGCUGUGAACUAACGCAAGAAGAAGGAGUGUCUGAUUUUGAAGACCUGGGUAUAGGUCCUCUACUUCUUCAUCCUUUGGUAGUUCGGUAUUUCUCUCCACCGGAUGAGGUUCUUUCAAUCACCGCCGAGGAGGUGAUGCAGCAUCUCUCCGCUUUUAUUGGUGAGGCUGAAUACAAGCGCGUGGAGGUGGACGAGUUCAUGGCGUAUUUGCAAAACAAAAAGAAAGCCCCUACAAGGCUACAUCUUGGCGUCCGCAUUCAAAGUCUCGGGUUACAUGUAGGAGCUGUGUUGCGUGCGAAGAGGGCAGAGACGGAGUUUAUCAAAAACUGGGAAGCGCUUGCGAAAUCUCUUCCUGGUUUGAAGAAGUCUAGUGUUGUGUCACAAGUCAGCAACUUUCUCUCAUCGCAAAAUUCUCUAAAGGAAGGCCUUAAGCGGAAGAGAAACCACAUAUAUUUCGAUUCGGAUGAUGAGGAAGAGACAGAUAGACCAAGCAAGACAUCCACCGGUGACGAAAGGUCAGCUAAGAUUGCUAAGAUCAAGGAACUAUUUGAGCAAUUAGAGAACGCAAAUAAUGCGAAAGAAUCAUUGAAUAAUCUGCCCUAUUGUACGGAUAGGAUGGGGACUGUGACUGGACCGCGCACCUGCCCCUACCCUUCAGCUGCUGAGGAGCGGCUGCGGGCAAAGGAAAAAACGAAGACGAAGGCACAGCUUGAUGAUAAGUACCGUGAUGCUAAUGAAAUGUCGUGGUCGGAGGUGAUGGACUUCGUGAGGAUACUGAAAGAUGCUUGCAAGAAUUGUACAGUUUCGCAGGUGAUGAAGCAUUUGGUUGACACUCCCUGGCAAAACAAUGAUUUUCCCUUGGUUCCUAAGAAGAAGAAUUUAACCAAAUUUCUGAAAUCAAGGCUUGGGAUUGGCUUGCUCUACGUCGCGGUUAUAUCUGUGAGGAUGGGGCUUUGGGAUAACAGUGAUAUGUUACAAAAUAGUACGCAAGAGCACCAACAAGAAGAAGCCGCAGCUCAAACUGUUGCCACUGCAGCGCCCAUCAGUGUCGAUUGCGAUGCAAGUGUUCAAACUGGCACUAAACCAGUGAAGGAUAAAAUAGAAGCAUCCGAGUUGAACACUGAAGCAGUGACCAAGUGUAGUUCAUGCAGCGUUCCCAAAGUUCCCUUGCAUAGAGUGCAAGCCUUUAUUACUCAAGCAAUUCAUGCAUCCAGUGUCGGUAGCACAUCCGACGACCUUGACCCUAGACUGUGUAAAUACUUUAAUGUCGAGAAAUUCGAAGAUUUAGGUUGGGGCUCAUUAGAAUCAGUGGUGGGGGAGUGCAAUCAUGGUAGCAAAACAGAAUGCUCAAGCUCAUCUAUUUUGUAUUUAGGGGCAUUGGUUUCUGCGGUGGAGGAUGGCCCUUCGUCUUACUCGUCUGUUUUAAGCAGUGAGAUGAGUUCUAGUUUGAGAGUGGGUUCCUUAGGGGCCAAAACCAAUGCUGACGCAUUGCAGGCCUUGAUUAAUGCCCCCAUGCUUGUCAACCUCAGCCUAUGGUCUCAGUGGGAUACCAUUUUUGCUCCUACAUUAGGGCCUUUUCUGAGCUGGUUAGAGAGAGAGGGCUUUAAAGGUAAUAUCUACACAUUGGUAACAGAUGCAGGGGUAAUCCUUAAAAUUGAUGGGACAGCUACUGCCGAUAACUUCCUUCCAUCACUGAUUAGUGGAGAUUCAAAGUCUGCUGCUGUGCAGCUUACGUCCAUUGUAGCAUUAUAUGGCGGUAUCAACCAUGCACCAUCAGCCCUCCUCAAGACGUAUGCUACAAAAGCCUUGACUGUGUUGACUCGUUCGUUUGCUAGUGAAGUUCAUUCUGAAGAUUACAGCAGGGUGGCAAUGCUGUUACUGGACAUCCUAUGUGUCGUACCACAGGAGCUUCAGUUUUUUGCAGCUAAAAUUCUUUUGCCGGCUUUUUCAUCAGCUGUAGAGUAUUCUGCCUCAAUUCUUCUCAAAUCUUGCAAAAUUGAUGAACAUCGAUUUUUGCUUCACAAGCUGGGUGUUGCUUUCGGGAUCGAAGAAUGGAUAAAUAACUUCAAGGCCUGUGUCUUCAAAUCUUCUAUGACUGAAGGGGCUGUUGUUCAAGAUAUAUCCAGCAACGAGAUGCGUGGAGAGGAACUGAACCAAGAAAGUGCCUUGCAAUGGCCUUCGACGAAGAUUUUCAAUGAGUCUGAACUCAUUUGUGCUGAAGGGUCACCUGCAAUUUCCGGAAACCAUGAGCAAUUGCCUAGUGUGCAAAGUCAAAGUGAUGUUAUGGAAACUGAUUCUACAGUAGAGAGGAUUGAAAAUGACCAGGCUAGCACAAGUGCAGUUGUGACAGGGCUUUCAGGCUCAACUCAAUCGGCUCCUGAUUUUGACAUUAGACAAAGAGCCAAUGAUGUCGUGGAAUUCAUCAGGCGUGAGGAGUUUGGGAUCGGGCAAGAUCUUAAGGUCCAAGAGCAGGAAUUGCUUGCGAGGCAACAUGCACGAAUGGGACGUGCUCUACAUCGUCUUUCUCAAGAUCUUUAUUCUCAGGACUCUCAUUUUGUUCUUGAGUUGGUUCAAAAUGCUGAUGAUAACUCAUAUGCGCCUGGAGUGGAGGCUGCUCUUGUAUUUGUUGUUCAAUCUGGGCACGUUAUGGUUUUCAACAAUGAAGUCGGUUUCACGUCCGCUAACUUACGUGCUCUUUGUGAUGUGGGCAAUUCCACGAAAACAGGAUCCAGCACUGGUUACAUCGGUCACAAGGGCAUCGGUUUUAAAUCCGUCUUUCGGGUCACUGAUGCUCCUGAAAUCCACUCUAAUGGCUUCAAUGUGAAAUUCGACAUCACUGAGAGCAAUCUUGGAUUUAUUCUCCCCACCAUCAUAGAAGCCAGACAAUGUGCUAAAUCAUAUAGUGGUACUUUAGAGCUGGUAGGUAAAAAGGUUUUCUCCCAUGAGAAAGUCGUGUGCUGGAACACACGGAUUGACCUGCCAAUAAAAUCAUCCAUAAGCAAUGGGAAAGGGAUGGCGUCACUCGCAGCCAAAUUUGAUGAUAUUCACCCAUCACUUUUACUGUUUUUGCACCGUUUGCGUUGCAUUGCUGUUCAGAAUGAUGUCGUCAGUGCAACUAAGCUCAUGCAUCGUGAGGACCUAGCCAAUGGCUUGGUUCGUGUUGUGCAUGAUAAAGGACAUGCAACUUGGCUAGUUGCUCGGCAUCAAGUCCUGGCUGGGGUUCCAAGGCCAAACAUUCUGGAGACCGAGAUUGCUUUAGCUUUUCCUCUAGAAGACCUUAUUGAUGGAAAUUACAAAGCCGUUGCAGAGCAGCAACAAGUAUUCGCUUUUCUUCCAUUGAGAUCUUAUGGUCUUCGGUUUAUUGUACAGUGUGAUUUUUUACUACCUUCAUCAAGAGAGGAAGUAGAUAGUGACAGCGCCUGGAACCAGUGGCUACGGUCUGAAAUUCCCGAGGUGUUUGUAAAGGCGGCUGAGAUAUUCAAAACUCUCCCCACUCUUGGAACCAGAGGGGCAGCUGUAAGCAAUUAUCUGAAGUUCGUUCCUCUAGAAGGAGAGGUGCUGGGCUUCUUCUCUGUCUUACCGCGUUUGAUUCAUACAAGACUACAAGCUAUUCCAUGCCUUCCUGUCGAAGGAUCAGAGUCUAGUUGGUCAUUUCCAUGCGCUGUUUUAAUGAGAUGGAGUGAAACAGCCCGCGAACUGAUACCAGAUGCUCUUUUGAAAGAGCACUUGGGACUUCAGUAUCUGGAUAAGGAAGUUGAUAUCUCUGAUUCAUUAGCAAGAAGUUUGGGAGUACAAAAGUAUGGCUCGAAAACACUUGUUGCAUUGAUGAAAUCUGUUUCACAAAAGAGCGAUGGAGUGGGUCGUAUGGGACUUGAAUGGAUACGACACUGGCUGAUUGAAUUGCAUGCUUGCCUCCAAAAAGAGCAGGAGGUGUUCACAUCCUCUGCCGAUUCUACUAAUGAGAGUAUAUUGUUCCAAGAACUUCGAGCAAUGCAGUUCAUUCCCUUAGCAAGCGGAUCGUUUACAGCCAUAAAGGAUGGGCCAGUCUGGUUUGCUAAUCAUCCUGCAGAGUUACAAGAUGGUGCAAUCAAGCCUCUUGGUUGUUUUCCAUUGCUGUAUGCGGAGCUUCGAACUGUGCACCCAACUCUUUUUCAUUCUACUAGUGCCUCUGAGGUUGAUCUUGCAGAUGAUCCUAAUGUGACAGGAAAAGUCAUUUCUAUGCUGCAUCAACUCGGAGUCAGGCCCAUAUCAGCACACCAUGUGUUGAAAAGCCAUGUCAUACCAGCCAUGGCGGAUGAAAAUUGCACGGCGAAAGAGACAUCUCUUCUGCUUCAAUACAUAGGCUAUGCCAAGUGGCAUUUGGGAUCUAGUUGUAACCAGUGUACAGGUGAAAUAGCGCUGAUAUUUGAGCAACUGAAACAAAAUGCUCUAAUCUCCACAAACAAUGGAGUCUUCAGAAUGGGUGAAAAAGAGCCAAUUCAUUUUGGAAAAUCAAUGGGGAGUCCGUUUGAUGCGCAAGAUGUCUUAAGUGGAUGUUCGAUGAAGUGGAACGAAGUAAGCGACAGCUAUCUCCAGCUGGCUUUGCCGGGACAAAUCACCCCGAACGUCGAAAGCUGGCGAAAGUUCUUAUCAGAGUUAGGAGUUACAGAUUUUGUGCAAGUUAUCCCUGUGAAGAAAAUUAUUAAAAACAAAGCAGCUAGUCUCUGGAAAGAUGAGGUUUGGGAAGGUGUUAACAAGGACGAUACAGGCUGUGUCCUUGAGGAUUGGGAGUCCCCUGAACUUGUGGAUUUGAUAUCUACAGUUACCACCAAAACAUCAGCACGGAAAGUACACAAGAAAGCGAAACGUUGCUCUGCCAUAUUUUCCAUCCUUGACAAAUUAUGGCAAAGCAAUUACGCCUCACGUUGUAGAGCAACGUUUCGCAUAUCGGAUGAAAAGCAGGCUAAACAAGGUUUAACUUUUGCAUCUUGGGUAUUGCAAGUGAGAAAGCUGAAGUGGGUGAAAUCUAGCCUGGAUAGUCGGUUGCACACACCAGCUUCACUUUUUCAGCGUUGUGAAUCUGUCAAUAAAAUUCUAGGCAACCAUGCUGCAUACCUACGCACUCAGAUUCAUAAUGUCCACCUGACAGAAACAUUGGGACUUAGAACUGAGGUUACAGUGGAUGAUUGUCUCUCUUUGCUUCAACACUGGGGUUCAAGUAAUCAAGUUCUUGAAGCUAGUGUCGCUCAAAUGGCACGACUUUAUCUAUUUCUGGCCGAGCAUGCUAAGUCGAAGAAAGUUCUGGCAACCUUCAAGUCACAACCCGCCAUAUUCUUCCCCUCUACAUCAACCAGUUCACGCGAAGAAGUAGUGCAAGGAAGUCUUUUACCUUUGGAAAAAUUAUUUUGGAGUGACCCGACAGGUGCUCUCAGUAUGCUCCACUCCCUUCACGGGUCAUCUUGUGAAAAGAGAUCAGCUGUAGCUCAUGGUCGUAAAGAGCACAGUGGGAAUAGUGCAAAAGCUUUAAGUACAUAUUACCCUGAAUUGCGAAGUUUUUUCGUGGAGCAGUGUCUGGUCAGAGAGAAACCAGAAUUUUAUGGCUACAUUAGCAUCUUGAAGCAAUUCUCUGCUAUCACUUCGCCCUUUUCUGUUUUGAACGAGGUACUGGAGGUUCUUGCUGCAUUGUGCGGCGAACUUGAUUCGGGCAGAGUAACGAAGGCAGAACUGCAAGAUUGGAAAGCUCAUCUUCAAGAAAGUGAUUGCACUGUGUUACCCACUAUGAGCGACCAAUGGGUGGCUCUUCGCAAUGAUGUAGGAUUUGUCUGUGUCUGCGACGACGAGAAAAUUGGACAGGAAUUCGUCGAGAACGCAGAAAUACUGUAUUUUCUUUGCACAAAAACCUCUCAGCCUGGUGCAUCGGCUUCCAUCAACAGUGCUGAAGAACGUUGCAGUCGUGUGCAGCGUUUUUAUGCCUCUUUGAGCAUUCCGCUCCUAUCUCAGGCGGUGAAACGUGAAGUUAUCCUGUAUGGGUCACAUGAUACAGCAAAGGUUGAAGCUUUGGUUUCUUGGGCUCUUCCUUAUGCUCAACGCUACAUAAGGCAGCAUCACAUUGACGUUUACAACCACGUAGAAGGCAAACCUAAAAGAAAGUUAUUGAAGCAGCUGCGUUGUCUUGUUGUUGACCAAUUAUACUUUCAAUACAGCCUUCAGUCUGGUCAGAUACGUUCGUCUCGGCGAGCUCAAUGCGGAUGUUUGCUUGAGGAAAAUACUCUAUAUGUCGCUGCCGAUCGUUGCGAGGACCACUGCAUGAUUUACACGGAAUUGUCUCGCCUGUUCUUUUCUGGCCAAGUCAACCAGCAGUUGGCUAAUUUUUUGCACCUCAUUACGAUGAUGGCCUCUUUAGGGUCUCAAGAGGCUGAGGUGGAAUUGUACAUGGCCAAUACGCAAGGUAUUCAGCCCCUUCCUGCUGAAGUCGCUCCAUGGAGGAUGAAACAAAGGCUUGAAGAAUCGAACCCUGCAACGAUUGCAUCACCUGUGAAAGGACCAUCACGCGCUGAGACUUAUCUUGAAAGGCAUGCGAAAGUAGAAGAGUGGCUACCUGUAAAGAUAAAACCCAAUCAGUCAUAUUGUGGAUGGCCACCACGGUCUUGGGUUCCUCUUCCUACAGUAAAGUCGACUGCGAUGUCUUCCAUUGUGGUUGAACCAGAAUUUGGUACUACGUUGAACCGGAUAACGGCAGUAACACGGACUGAAGAGAUACAUUCAAGCGGGGUGUUCACCAGUCCAGAUGCAAGUACUCGAUAUAGUAACGGAACCGGGACAGGGAUGGUAAAUGAAGGUGCAGUCCCUCGUUCAAUCGGUUUCACGUCAUCGACUUUAUCAGCAGAUUCUCAUGGACGAGCUGUUCAGCAAAAUACGGCAAGGGAAAAUCUUGUAAUGAGCACUGGCACCGAGCAGCAACAGAUUACAGGGCGCUCAGGCGAGGAAGUAGCAUAUCAGUACCUAAUCAAAAAGUAUGGUGCCAAGGAGGUUAAGUGGGUGAAUGAAGAUGGGGAGACUGGAGCUCCUUUCGACAUGAUAGUACGAAAUGAAUCUGGAAAACAGGAGUUUGUGGAGGUUAAGACCACACGUUCGCAAGAUAAGGAUUGGUUUGAGAUUUCGGCCCGUGAGUGGGAGUUUGCAGAGGUCCACGGUGAUUUGUACACUGUGCUCCGUGUAAUCCUUCCCAAUGCGGAGAGUUCAUUCCAGAUAAUCCGAUUUUCCAAUCCUGUCAAGCUCUGUCGGGAGCGUACCAUCCAGCUAGCACUUAUUCUACCAUUUAGUCAUGUUUCAGGCUCGUCGACCGCCACAUCUCUACAAUUGACAAACUCGUCAUCACCGCAAAGGAUUGAAGUAGCUGACUUAAAUUAUAAGGUGACGUUAGGCUAAAUUUUUUUAGUAGUUCUGUAAGCAUUUCCUACGGCCCUUCGUUGAAGAUUACAGUGGAUUACAUGGAUUGGGUAAUCCUAUUAGGACAAAACAUCUAUCGUCUUAAAAUAGUCGUUAGGAUAAUCGGCUUCAUCGUGGCUUCCAACCCUGGUAAUGUUAGGAGGCACAAAAUGUGGAUCCUUGGACUUUGGGUUGUUCAAGGAUCACAGGAUCACUGGGCAUCGUCAUUCUCUCGAAUGACCGCGACAUUUUUCUCUGGGUACAGGAAAGUCUGUUCUAAGGAACACUGCAAUUUUUAUUACCUGUAUUUCAGAAGAGCGUACAGGUUCAAUUAUCUCUAUUUGAUUAAUUCAUGAUCUCUCAAGCCUUUGCAGCCACGGGAAUUUGAUUCUUCUC